GGGUCCAUGGGAUCCAUGGAUUCCAUCCCGCAGGACAAGGGCUCCUUCUGCCUGACGUACGAGGCCUCCAUGACGCGGCUGUUCCGCGAGGGCCGCACCGAGACCGUGCGCUCCUGCACCUGCGAGUCCACGGCCUUCGUGCGCAGCAUGGCCGACCCCCGGCGCAGCCGCUCGGAGCGGCAGCGGCUGUUCAAGGCGGCCGCAGAGAAGCACCAGCAGCUCUAUCGCCUCGCCAUGACCGGCGCGGGCAUCGACCGGCACCUCUUCUGCCUCUACCUCAUGUCGCGAUAUCUCGGGACACAGAGCCCCUUCCUGGCCAAGGUCCUGGCCGAGCCCUGGCGCCUCUCCACCAGCCAGACCCCGCAGCAGCAGCUCCGAAUGUUCGACUUCGACAAAUUCCCCGACCACGUCUCCAGCGGGGGCGGCUUCGGGCCCGUGGCGGAUGAUGGUUAUGGGGUGUCCUACAUCAUCUCCGGGGAGAACCUCAUCACCUUCCACGUUUCCAGCAAAUUCUCCAGCCCCGAGACGGACUCGCAGCGUUUUGGCCGCCACAUCCGCCAGGCCAUGCUGGACAUCGCGGGGCUCUUCGACAAAACCAACCCCCCCAAAGCUGGGGAGUGACCGGGGGGGUCCCCGGGGGUCCCCGGGGGGCUCCUGGGGGUCCCCGGGGGGCUCCGGGGGGUUCCUGGGGGGCUCCUGGGGGCU